AAUCAAAUCCCAUUCUCUCCGUGAUUGCAUCACAGUUCCCUUCUUUCUAUAACCUCUUCCUUCUCAUUAUCAAAGCCAUAAGUCACAAAAUCCUUUUCUCUCUUAUGCAGGAAGUCCAUACAGGGUGAGGUUUUCUUUCUUUUUGAUUUGAAAAGGUUGCGUCUGGGUAGGAUCCAUCGGAAGCCGAUUAGAGAGGAGGCUGGGAGGGGCUGAAGUAAGACAGAUGAGUCCAGGGUGUGUCUGGAACUCCAGCCCCAGUGCGAUAUCCCUGAUUGGGAAAGGGGGAUUGGGAAAAGAUCAGAAAGUAGGAGAACAUGUUCCCGCAGCUCUGUCUUAGAGGGAGAGAAGGAAGGCCGUGGAGGAGGAGAAAAAUGAGAGAUUCCCGGUACCUCUCGGUAGCCACGGCGUUGCUGACCCUGGUGGCUCUCAAGGCCUACAUCGAGUGGACUGCCGAGCAGGAGGAGCGAUACCCAACGCCGCACACGGCCGGCUGGCCAAGCAGUUCCAUCACCCCCCUCCAGUCCUCGGACGCCUCCUCGCCGGCGUUUGUCUUCCAGCACUUCAACGUUUCGCUGCAGGGGCUCCGCCAAAGCAUCCCGCGAGCGAAAGCUUACUGGAACGAAAAGCAAUACAAGAAUUUCCGGGCCCUGGAAGAAGGCUCGGCGGCCAACGCUUCCUGGAACCAAUGCUCCAGUUCCGAUGCAGCCGAACAGGCAGGCAAGAUCAAAAACUUUGGUUCGUAUUCAGAGCUUUAUAAGAACUUUAUUCUCUACGGGGACUGUAGGAACUUCUCCCUCUUGAUCAAUCAGCCCGACAAGUGUGCCGAUGCGAAGAACGGCACCUUCUUGCUGUUGGCCAUCAAAUCGCUGCCCAGGAACUUUGCUGCCCGCCAAGCGGUGCGGGACACUUGGGGGCAGGAAGGAGAGUCCGGCGGGCUCGCCGUGCGCACCGUCUUCUUGCUGGGCACGGCCCAGGGACGCUACGGGCCCCGCCUGCAACACCUGGUCUACUUUGAGAGUCGGAGUUUUGGGGACAUCUUGAUGUGGGACUUUGAAGACACCUUCUUCAACCUGACCCUCAAGGACAACCUGUUCUUGAGCUGGACGCUGGACCAUUGCCAGGACGUCCGUUUUAUUCUCAAGGGGGACGAUGACGUUUUCAUCAACACGCCCAAAGUCUUGGAUUACCUGAGCUCCUUAGAUGCCAGCAAGCCCCUCUACACGGGCCAGGUGAUGGCCAACGCCUCGCCCUUCCGGGUCCAAAGGAGUAAGUACUACGUGCCGGAAUCCUUCUACGUGGGGCCGUAUCCAGCCUACGCGGGCGGUGGGGGGUACAUCUUUUCCGGACCCCUAGCCCGGUCGCUCCACCUCAUUUCUCAGCACGUGGCCUUCUACCCGAUCGACGACGUUUACACGGGGUUGUGCUUCCAGGCCCUGGGCAUCACCCCCGAGGCCCAUGCUGGCUUCAUGACCUUCGAUAUCGCCGAGAAGGAUCGGGCGGACCCCUGUGUGCACAGCAAGUUACUCUUGGUCCAUCGGCGCAGCCCCCAGCAGACCCUCCACCUAUGGAAGCAAAUCGUCAACCCUAACUUCAAGUGUUGAGAAGAGACAGAACAACUGAACUCCCGAGCAGGGAGGCUUGGCGGCAUCUGACAGAAGCGGGGAGCGGACCGAGGUGGGACUGUCCCGUCCUCUGGGUUGCAACGGGGAGAUGCUCAGGCAGAGAUUCCACUGGAGAGUUUCAAAGGGAAGUGACGUGCCAGACUUUGUGCCCUUUCGAAUGGCAGGAGCUGGGGGCGGGCACACCCUUGUGCCUGGUUGACGGGUCCAGGCUGCCUGGCUGCGGUUGGCCUCUUCUUAAGUUCCUGCUCGGAGCGUCAUUUGCCUUUCUGGAAAUAGCCGGGGGGGAGGCAGAGCAUUCGACGUGUCUGUAUCCGGCUCAAGGAGCAACUGUCGAGGAAGCGCCUUUUACGGGAGUAAGAGCCAUCCUGCCUUUUUUCUGCUAGGCUGGUCGGAAAAGGGCUGCAGCACCUGUCUGGCCUGCCUUACGUGAGAGGGCCAGUGCAUAAAGCUUGCUUCCCCAACAUGGUGCCCUCCAAAUAUAGUAGAACUGCGACCGCUGGAUUUCUAAGAACUACAUUGCUCUGCAUCCAGAACCCCCUGCUUGGGGAAGGCCGGAAGAGAAACUACUGGCUAGCUGGCCCACCUGCCUGGUUGCAGAGAGGGUGAAGUAUUGUCCACAAGUGUUUUUUUCCUUUGUGGCCUGAACAUUUGGGGCCAAGGCACCCACAGCUGGAUAAACAAAGGAACCAAGGCCAGAAGCCUGCAUCAGUGAUCCUAAAUGACCACUGAGUGUUUCAAUGUGGUAUAAGAAGAGCGGAACAGGGGUCCCCUUGAACCCUCAGCCACAAUGCUGCACCUUGCACAGAGGUUAAAGAGGGCUCAGAUGUUUUGACUCGCCCUGUUAAGAUGGGGGGGGGACGGGAUUCCCCAACCCCAGCCCAUACUGUAACGCUGUCCUGCUGUAAUAAAAACGUGUCUCAGGUACUG